AUGACAGCCCCCAAGGCCCCGGCCAGCUGCCACCAGCUGCGAGAGUUUGACAGCGUCAAGGACUCCAUUGCCGACCUCAUCAACCAGCUGCAGGACAUCGACCCGAGCCGCCUCUCCUUCUCACCCUUCCUGGACCUGGACACCCAGAUCUCCCUGGCGCCCGUCUCCGACAGCCCCGAGUCCUCCGUCGAGGAGCUGCACUCCACCUCCGAGGAGGAGGCCUCCCUCAGCCUGGCUACAAGCGACUCUCCAGGGCCAGAGGCUGAGCCGGUGGAGGGGAUGCAGAGCCAGGGGGCUGGGCCUCUCCUGGGGGAGGACCCCCAGCCUUCCACGGUGCAGGGGGACCCCGGGCUUCCCGUGGCAAUGGACCCCAAAGACCCCAUCCUUCCACUGGGCUGCGACCCACGGGAGACUGGCAGGGCGGGGCCUGGAAGCAGCGUGGUGGUGGCGGUGCCCAAGGAGACCUGCUUCCUGGACAGGGUGGGGGCAGAAACCCCCAUGGUGCAGCACAUGGAGCACCUGCCCGCCGGCAGGGAGCCAAGCAGGGCACAGCCCUACAGUGAGGGGCCAGCAUGCCCCACGGCCAGUCGGCCUCUCCCCAGGGAGGAGCAGCCGUUCCUCGGCUCGGGUGUGGAGCCGGUUUCCUGUGGCCCCGAGGAGCCCGCCCCUCGCCCGCCGGGGAAAUGCUGUGGCUGCGGCACCAGCUCCCACCUGAAGGCCGUGUCCUCGGUCUUCGUCUCGCUGCUCCUGGCGCCCUGGGUCCUCUACGGACUCUAUUACCUCCUGCCCUUCGAGCCGCCGCUCUGCCCGGACCUGGCCAGCCGUGCGGCCUUCGCUCUGCGCUGCCUCCUCAUCGCCGUGGUGCCCAGCAUGCUUGGGGUCAUGUUCGGGGCUCUCGCCAAGCUCUGCUCGGUGGCCAUCGACCCACUGGACACACGCUCCCCGCCCGUCCUGCUCCACCGGCUGUACAUCACCAGCUCCGUGGAGCAGCUUGUCAUCUUCGGCCUCAACACGGUGGUGCUGGCCACGUUCCUGGCCCAGGAGCACCUGCGCCUCAUCCCCAUUCUGGCCGGGCUCUUCUCCGUCGGCAGAUGCUGUUACUGGAUCAGCCUCCACGUCGGCAGCGCUUACCGUGGCUUUGGCUUCGGACUCUCUUUCUUCCCGGCCCUGGUGAUGACCGUCUACAACCUGUUCUGUCUGUACGACCUGGGCUUCGCCUUCCUCUUCGCGCCCUCUCCAGCGGGUGGGGGCGGCGGCGGGGCCACGCCUGCCCCCACGCGGGAGCCGGCGAGCCAAGGCACUUGAAGGAGGAGACGGCAUAGGAUGGGGAGAGUCGUGAGCUCCAGCAGCCUCCAACUCUGAACAGCUGCUCCAACCCAGCUUGGAUCAAUACUGAGGCAGCGUAAAGCAUCCCUCCUCCAGUCCAUCCCCAGCUGUGCCCUCCCACCCCUGAGCUGGGCAGUGCUGAGGGAUGGACGAGCCCCAUAGCUGAAGGCAACUUCUUAGCAAGCACCGCAGUAAGGGCACAGCUGUCUCUGCAGCCUGGCCAAGGUUAAUCUGAGCCCAGAGGAGAGCGGCUUUAGCCUCUCCCUUUGAUGUGGCCUGGUCCUACCUCCCUCUGGCAUGCUGCAGCCAGGGCAGGGAGAUGAGCAACUGUAGUGUCCUAAUGACCGGCUAAGCCUGGCAGAUCGGGUCACGUGGGCAGACCUGGGCUAAAAGCCUGGCUUGGUUGCCCUUGAAAAUUAGCCUGAACGCCCAGGAGAAGGCUCUGAAAUCCUCAGCCCAGCCCUGUCAUUUGUCUUGCUGUUUCCUCCACGGGGCCAGGGCGCCUCACAGACACUGCCCGGCCCCUGUAGCAGUGCCCAGAGGAGCCGCCCCCCCACAUACAGGCAGGUUACAGAACACAGACUGCAGGCACAAGCCACGUACUCAGUUGUGUGAGUGGCUGGGGGGUUAAGCCCUUCUCUGUGCAUUUAUCAUCCCAAAUACUCUUGAUCAAAGUGACUUUCUGAGUUAAGAGGGGCAGCACUAGCUUGCUGGGAGAGAGGAUUUCAUCCCGUUCAGGGAGAAUCCGGAGCAGAGCAGUAGCCAGUGGGCUUGAUCCAGCAUUGCCCUGCUCCUCAGGGGGGUACGUAACCCACGGCAGGGUGCCCCCUGCUCCCAGAGCAGAAGGGUGACGAUUGGUAGAGAGGAAUGGGAAAGCAGGCUGGCUGGGGGAGGAUGUGGAUGCUGGCUGGUGAGCUGUGUGGGAUGCAGGGGGCAGGAGCAAGCCCGGGUGGCGGGUAAGCAGCGGGUGGAAGGGGAGCUGGUUGGUUGAAGUGUGACAGGAGACAGCUGAUAGUGCUGUUGGGGGGGGGACAUGCAAUGGUGUUGUGGCAAGAUGCAGUGCUGGGCCCAGGACCUUACAGAGACAAGGCAGGUGAGGAAAUAAUCUUUUUUUGUCCCUCACCCCUAGAAGUCAGGCCACUAAAAGACAACACUUCCCUCACCUUGGCUCUGUCUGAUUACCACUAAGAGUUCGAACUCCCCCACCACUGCCUGAGGCAGAAAAACACCUGCCAGGAUCUUGGCUUCCUCCCUGCCGUGGAUGAUUUGCCAGGACGGCGUAGUCCCUUUCCUAGGUAACCCCACUUCUGCUCUGCCCAGAAGGGACAGCACCUGAACUGUGAAUUCUGAGAAGGGAAACUUGGGGCAAAGCUGCCCCUCCCCCAAGGCCAAGCCCCUCAGUUCUGUUCCUGGAGCAGAAACCUGCCUCCCUCCUCUACUUGUACAACCCCUGUGCAGGCCUGGGCCCAGCGCCGCAGCGGCAGGAACUCCCUUAAAAUCUACGCGGAGGGUCCGGUCGGCCGCUUCCUGUGCAAAAAGGCCCUUACAUGUAGUGACGGUGGCCACUGCUCUGCUGGUUCCUUGCAGAAACUACCCGGGCAAAAACCUCUGAACAAAAUAAAAUAUUGUUUCUACCU